GGCUACGUAAAAGAGCAUAUUGCUCGAUCUAUCAGGGAAGUUUUGAAUCUGCUAUAUGCUGAUAACUUGCGGAAUGAUGAGGUUGAUUAUCUUUAUUUUAAAAUUGAUAGAAUAGAGCACAUUUUGGCUCUAAGUUCACAGGUUGUGGAUAUCGAAUGCAGUGCAUUUCAGUAUGUAAGGGAUGCUAAGGAACUUAAAGCAGAUGAGUUGGACCAAGUCUCUACAAUAAGUGAUCAAGGAUAUUGUACGCAAAAAGUCUUAGGUGGAAAUCGAGGACGUCUACGAUACGAUAUACAAGAGGCGCAACUACAAUUUUUCGUAGAAUUCGGGUUCAAAGUCUCUGAAAUGGUAAAAAUGCUGGCAGUCGGUCAGGCCACUGUAAAUCAGUAAAAGAUUAUGCGACUAUGGAAUUUCAUUGUCUACAAAGUUUUACCAGAUGUCUGACUCUGAACUAGAUGAAAUUGUAAAGAAUGUAUUUUCCACGCAGUGGGUAUCGUAUUACCCUUGUGAUACUACGGUCAAUGGGGUAUCAUAUGCUGGAGUGGCGUGUAAGAGAGUCUUUGCGAAGAGUAGAUAUUGAAGAGUGCUUAUAAGGUAUCUUCAGCUUCAAAUAAUUCACCGUAGAAGGUACAGUGUGUACGGACCACACGUCACACGAAAUAUGCUAAUUAUUUGCAGAAUAGAAAUAAGGAAAUAUGCUUAUGAUUUGCAAAAUAGAAAUCUGUAAUAAUGAAAAUAUGCCAGUGAUUUGCAAAAUAGAAAUCUGUAAUUUGCGAAACGAGAAUCCCAACGGAAAACUCCACAAGCCAGAAGAAUAAAUCGGUCAGUUCACCAUUUGCCUAACCAUUUGCCGAUAACUUGAGCCAUUUCAUACUUCUCUGAACCGUUUGUGUCAAGUUACUAAACCAAAGUACAGUUAGCUGAACUGUUUGUCAUAUCGACACUGAACCAUUUCAGUUAACACUUGGCCACUCGUGUUUUUAAUGAAUCAGUUCAACAAGGGUAGCUACACAUUUUCUGAAUGGUAUAAACCAUUUUUUGUUUGAAUAUUUCAUUUCACCUAAGGCGACUUCUCUAUUUGUAUUUUAAUAAAUCUCUUAUGAUAAGAUAAACCGUUCUCCAAAAGAAAAUAAGAUCAUUUCUGUUUAUUACAAACCAUUUACUAUGCCUGUGUUUUUGGCGGUGACGGCCGCCCAUAAAGGGAUCCUCGUAGUGAAAUUUGCAUUUCUACAUCCUGUACACCGGUUGCACUGCCGUCGGGCUCCAUAUACUUAAUGAAGGGGCCUGGUUCACUCCCAAACUUGAUCUUAAUAUCAAUUCCCGCAAGAUCAUAAAGCAUCUAGCAUUUAAUUUCUCCUUACAGUUCACUCCUGAAUCGAACAAGAAGGUCACGAGAGUUAAGGAAAUGAUCAGAGAAGCUCUUUAUUGUUAGAAAUAAAUUUUCCAUGUCGGUAUCCUGGGAAAUGUAAAGAGAACAGUUUGGAGAAUAUGCAUACUGAUGUCAUUUUCGUUAUAGCCGUCAUUUGAAAUAAAAAAAAAGAAAAAAAAAGUAACAUGUGUGAUGCUGUAUUUGAUGUUUUAGCAUGGUUCGAUUCUGUUGGUAUCGCCUUGGCCUUCUUCACUGAGCACCUGUCUUCUGCUCUGGUUACUCGAUUUGGCUGCAGUGUCACAACUUUGAUCGGAGGCACAUUCUGUGUCGUUAGUUUGAUUGCGAGUUCUUUCGUGGAGAACAUGAUGGUUCUCUUCUUUACCUACAGUCUCCUAUUGGUUUGGGAUCCAGUUGCACGUUCUCUGCGGGUCUGGUGGCAAUGGGAAAGUACUUUGAAAAGGGACGGUCAUUAGCCACAGGGGUAUUAACAGCUGGGCACGGUGGAGGAGUUAUAGGCCCCACGUCAGAGGCCAUUGUGAGAAUCACCGUUAGCUGGCAAACGACCUAUCGCAUAAUGGCGGGAGUGGCGUUCAUCUUGUGUUCUCUCGCUGUGACAUUUGAUCCCAACAUUGAGAGUGAUGAAGAUGAUAACGACAAUCAAGAGAAAGAGGAACGUCACGGGGACGAUAAAGCGAUUGAGGAGAUUGCCACAAGGAAACAGCUGAUUUAUUUCUCCGUGUGGAAAGAACUUCCAGUUAUUGCUAUCAUAGUAGGUGCACGUGUAGCAGAGUUCGGCCAUUUUGUGCCACAUAUUCAUUUGGUAAGUCCGACCCUUAACACCGGUAAUCGAAACGCUAUUACCAUCCAUUGACAAAGAAGCUCGUACACGACCAGUUGAAAUUUGCUAAUGCACCGAUUAUUCUGCGCGCGAUCGAGGCGACAUGUGCGCGUAAUCGAGGCCACAUUUCAUGUGCGCCGGACAAAUUUAAUUGUCAAGAUAAUGAUAUUUAUCGUGUUACGGGUUACUCUUACAGGCAGUGUACCUACACAUAAGCUUUUGUUUAUUUCGCUGCAGUAUGGAGGAGUAGUAGAAUUUUUAGCCAAAUGAUUCCUGUAACGCUUAGUGCUGAUUAAAUCAGAGGAUCUUGAAGAAGAAGUAGUUAGAGACAACGUUUUAUUUCCCAGAGCUGCAUCAUUAAACAAAAUUUAAAAAGCCCCUUUUACUUAAACUAAUAAGCACAUGUAGUACGUGACUAUGAUGGACUAGCAUCCCCUCUUGUAGGUGUAAAUCGGCCUGACUUCAUCUCCGACUCACGAAGAUCGUUCUAUGGACGACUACUAUGUCCUAUAAGCAAGACGUUCUCUCCUAAUUCACUACUGACGUACUUCAAUAAAGCGUAUAACUAGUUGCAGCCUCAGAUCAUGAACUGUACUGGACCUCAACCUUAGUCAAGUCUCAGGCUUUGAAAAAGAUCAUCAGAGAGGCCAGGGCGCAUGACAACAAGAGAAUACCGCUGAUGCGGGUUGCUGCGCCAGCAUUGCAGUCGUCGCCUGUGCAGCAGUUGAUUUUACACUCAAAGGAUCCACUGGCGUCUUUACAAGUAGGGUUGGUUUUUUCAUCACAGAAAGCAUCGCUUCCGCACAUUUUAUGGAACACCUCGGUUGAACCAGUUCUAUAGUAGACUUUCACACAUUGAUCGGCCAUCGAAGCCACGCAGGUCCUGCUUAUUCCUUCGCAUUUAUCCCAUGACUCGGAACUGACGCAGACCAUACAUUUCAAACUGAAAACUGAAAACAUACACGGCAAGGAAAGCAUAGAUGAAGGUGAAUGAGAUAACAAUUUUUACCGUUAUUAACUGACCUAGUUUUUCCCAAAUGAGAAAUUAGCUACAAAAUUUAAAAAUUUACGCAUAAUUAUUACAUUUAUGUAAAGGAGCAACUUCAAUUUACUUUGAUUCUUAAUUAACAUUUCGAUAACCUGGACCCUUGUUUACUCACUGAACAUUCCUCUGAUAUUUUUCUGCCCAUGCAUAUAUUAAGAAUCGGUAUUAUUACCAGGAGCAGGGUUCUACGGGAGCCGAAAAGGGACAGUCCAAAAAUAUUUUGCAAAUCCGAAAAAAUAUUAAGAAUCGGCAUCUUUUUAGACAAAUUGCUUUUGAAAAGUUUGUCAAAUCGAGAAAACAAUUUCAAAUCCUGGUUUAAUUCAUAAAUCCACAAAUAACUGUCAUGAAAAUCGAACAGUUUACGAUCCAAGAAUCUUUCCGAAAUCCAGAAAAUUUUCGCAAAUCGAGAAAAACAUUUUGUUGCCUAACACUUGCGCCAGUAGUCGGCAAUUUGUCACGAUAUAGCACAUUGUGUCGCUCUAGGUUGCACUAGCUCCACUUAGAGUCACUACACAAACGGACCAAACAGUACCAAGGUAUUACGAUGUUCUGCCACAAUUGUGGGAAAGAAUUUGCGAGCAAUGAGCAAUUCUGCCGUCGAUGUGCGACAUUAAAGAGACCCAAACAGAAAAAUGUUUUCUACAGUUCGUCAGAGGAGAGAUCUGCCAUUGAACAUUACUUUGAAAGAGGGUUUCGUUAUGAUACUAUUGUUCAGUUAUUAGAAAAAUACCAUGAUAUUUAUAUGAACUUGAAGACUCUAAAGAGAAGGUUGCGUGAGUAUGGGUUA